AUGAAGCCAACAUCAGCGCACUCCUCAUCCUCUUCAGACUCUGAGAGUGACGAUGACGACGACGAAAUAAACAAGUUCUGCUUAAACUGUCGAACGAGAGGUGACUUCUUAAAAGUCUGCGCGAGAUGUAAAUCGGUUUAUUUUUGCAACAGCGAGUGUCAACGAGAAGCGCACAAAGAACAUUCGAAAGUGUGCGUGAGUAAGGCACCGGCGCCGCUCAACUUACCCAAAGGCAUGCCAGCGCCGAAAACGGAGGAGGAGAAAAAGAACGAAAUCGAAAUCGAAACGAAACGAAUAGAAACAAAGUUACUACCAAGCGUUCUGAAUAAUAAUAGCAGCAGCAGCAGCGCGAACAAGACGAAUUUUGGUGUAGGAAACCCACCGGAGGAAGCGCUCGUGGACGAGUUUGAAGACGCGCUCGUGUUUGCGAUUACGAACGAGAACGAAAGUUUAGAACGGAAAUGUAGAAUUGGUUUAGCGCACGUGUACUUAUAUUCCAGUCGCGCGAAAGAAGGUCUGCAUUAUCUCGAGCCAGUCGUAGAAUACUACAAAAGAGAAGGAACAGUUGAAGCGGUGGAACCUCACGUGUUAGCCGCCGAGUGUUGCGUGAAGUUAUCAUCGUUAUUAGGGGACGAAGAUGAACAGAAAGAGAAAUUUAAAGAACGAUGUAAAGUAGAGCUCGCUGCCGCACUCGAUGCAGCUACAGAAUACACGCAAAAAGAUGAAACAAAGCAGGCAGAGAUUCUGUUACGUUGUGGUAUUUGUCUUUUGGAUGGAAAGUUAUUCGACAAAGCAAUUGGCGUCUUCAUCCAAGCUUCGGCGUGCGCGGAAAAAUUGAAUGCUCAUGGCAUCGCCGCGCGCGCAAAAAACAGAGUUGGACACGCGCUGAUACAAAUGAAGAGACCCAGCGAUGCAAUCGUUGCUUGGAAAGAUGAGCUCGAAUCUCUUGAGAAGUUCAAAAACAACGACGACGUUAAAAACGAAAGCGACAAAGCGCUGGAUGUAAAAAAAGCCGCGUUUCUCAAAUCAAUGUGUCACGGGAAUAUUUUCGCUGCGUAUGCAUUCUUAGGCGCAGUUGAUGAUGCUCGAGUCCAUUCAAAUCUAGCAAUCAUAAACGCUAAGGAAAGUGGAGACGCGAACGAGUUAAAGCGAACACUGGUACAACAAAAAGCGACUUGGGACGCUUUGAACAGAGACGAUAUGCGUGCGGAGCUAGAAAAGGUUAGCGUUGAGUAG